UGCGUGGCAGACCGUCUGGUCUCUUAUUCCGACUUCACUGUUUCUGAGUUCUUCAUGAAGAGAACUACAGAAGAUGAUGUCCAACUGCAUACAACUAGCGUCAAGACUGCUCGAGCGUCUUUCUUGUCUCCUCCAGCUCUAUCGCCAGUAGAUGCAGACACAUCAGGUCUGGCCAGAAAGAUGGGCACCUUAGAUAUCGCGAAAAAUAGUCAUCCAGUGCUAAGUUCUGCUCCAAUGACGUCAUCAUGCCUGCUCACGCCAAAUCAUCAUCAGCCACCUGCUCUUUUGAGUACUGCCUGUCCAUCAGCAGAACCGGAUAUUUUUUCUCUUGACGUGGACGGAACAGCAACAGCAGUUCCACGUCCCCUCGCAAAAAUCACUGUCUUGCAUGGACCGGCAACAGAAGUGCGGUUGCUAGAUGAUGAAAGGAUCGCUUUUGCAUCAGAAACCCUCUUUCCAGAACCGGUAAUGGAAGAACUAUGCAUAUUUGCAGCUCCUUCGGCGGCUCCUGGUGCGUCGCCAUCAUCGGACUGUGCAGUUGGGUGAUUGUGGUGCGGCUGGUGUCAUGCGCGUCGAUAGGAGAACGAGAUAUGCUGUGGUUCUAGUUUUUGCUAAUCUAUUGGAGAUUGGUCAUCAGUUUUGCUAUUUUUUAAUAUGUAAAUACAAACUAAAUUGAAAUUUUCGAUUAUCUAUUUGAAAUUGAUUUUUCUUCCCUUCAGCUUCAUCAUCUGCGUUUCCACUUAGACAAUAUUUCUAUGCUGCUCUGCGCAAGUUCGAUGGGGGGUCUGUUAUGCAAAACAAACGAUUUUUGAGAAAUCCAACGAUAUGGAUUUGUAUCGGGAUUCAGACAAACUGCAAAAUUCUUGAAAUGCUAUUGAUGUUUUUCGCUCUUCUGAGAAAGACGGCGCUCUUCCUUGUUUAUUGAGUAUGUACAUCCUCAACUUCCAUCUGUUCUUCAUUUCUUUUCAUUCAAUUUCAAAUUGCCCUACCGGUUUGCACACGUUUUUUUAAAUUCAAGUGAAACUGACUGAUGAGCUUGUGCAUCAUCCAAUAAAUAUGUUCAAAUCUCGAGAACAAUCUACUGAAAUAGAUAAUGAUAUGAUGUAGGAAAUCUAUCGAGUGUGUCGACUUUCUAAUUUAAGGACUGCCUUCUGUGCCUCCUUUGUCGAGCACAUUCGAUUCUUCCAUCGCGUAUCAUCUCUGUCAUGUCUUAAACAAGGAUACCUUCUCGCUUGAACUUCUCAUGAGGCUUCUCGUCGCUGACAACGCUAAAUGAUAUGUGGUAAAAAGUUGUAGCGAUUAACGAAGU